GAGCAUGGCAUAUUUUUGGCAGUAAACUAAUAUCAUGUUUGAAUAUUAGGAUAGACUGACUGCUUGCUAACCAUAACUGAUAUCCAUAAUCUGAAGUCAUAGUAAAAUUACAGGAACAUUAAUAUGAACUCAGAUUCGUUCUAUUCGAUUUUACUCACAUUGGAUCGUUGAAAUAUUGAACAGAGUUAAAUCGUUAAAUGGUUUGUCAUAUUAAGUACGCAAUCAAAAAUAUCUGUAUAACAGAUGUACUUUCAAUAAUAUUUUGAGUAUGGCAUCAUCAUUUAGUACAAAUCGAAAUGGCAAGGCUAUAAAAUUUUACCCAGUCAUUUUCAUUACAAUUUUUCAUAUUGUGCGUUUAAUAAUUUUUGAGCUGAAAAAUGGAUGUACUUAUUCCAGAAAAGGAGGAUAUACUUGACUUCAAGUUAAAGGAUGCGCAUAGUUCCUUAGAUGAACUUGACAUAGAUGAUUUAUAUGUCCGAUAUAAGAAACUUCAAAAAACGCUUGAAUUUUUGGAAGUACAAGAAGAAUAUAUUAAGGACGAACAACGGAACUUAAAGAAAGAAUACCUUCAUGCCCAAGAAGAGGUUAAACGUAUUCAAUCGGUCCCAUUGGUUAUCGGACAAUUUUUGGAAGCUGUUGACCAGAAUACAGGAAUAGUAGGUUCUACUACAGGUUCUAAUUAUUAUGUUCGUAUAUUAUCUACGAUCGAUCGAGAAUUGUUAAAACCUUCGGCAUCGGUUGCAUUGCAUAAACACAGUAAUGCUUUGGUAGACGUGCUACCUCCAGAAGCCGAUAGUUCUAUUUCAAUGCUUCAACCCGAUGAAAAGCCAGACGUAAGUUACGCAGAUAUUGGUGGCAUGGAUAUGCAGAAACAAGAAAUACGUGAAGCUGUGGAAUUACCUUUGACGCACUUCGAGUUAUACAAACAAAUUGGUAUUGACCCCCCUCGUGGAGUGCUUAUGUAUGGACCACCUGGUUGUGGGAAAACUAUGUUAGCCAAGGCUGUAGCACAUCAUACCACUGCAUCAUUCAUACGUGUUGUUGGUUCAGAAUUCGUUCAGAAGUAUCUUGGAGAAGGUCCUAGGAUGGUACGAGAUGUUUUUCGUUUGGCAAAGGAAAAUGCUCCAGCUAUAAUUUUCAUUGAUGAAAUCGAUGCUAUUGCUACUAAACGGUUUGAUGCUCAAACUGGUGCAGAUAGGGAGGUUCAACGUAUUCUUUUGGAGCUGUUGAAUCAAAUGGAUGGAUUUGACCAAACGACAAAUGUUAAAGUUAUUAUGGCAACCAAUCGAGCUGAUACAUUGGAUCCCGCACUUUUACGUCCUGGCCGUUUGGACAGAAAAAUCGAAUUUCCACUACCAGACAGAAGACAAAAGAGAUUGAUAUUUUCAACAAUUACGUCGAAAAUGAAUUUAAGCGAGGAUGUUGAUUUGGAAGAUUUCGUGGCACGUCCAGAUAAAAUAUCUGGUGCGGAUAUAAAUGCCAUAUGUCAAGAAGCUGGAAUGCAUGCUGUGAGAGAGAAUCGAUAUAUAGUUUUAGGAAAAGAUUUCGAGAAAGGAUAUAAAAAUAACAUAAAAAAAGAUGAGCAAGAACAUGAGUUUUAUAAAUAAGUACUUCAUAGAUAUUUUCUAAAAAUUGUGUAUUAAAAUUUGUUCUACUUUUUAAUUUUUUUUUUUAAUUUUUUAUUGAAGCUGUUUAAUAGAUUUGCAUCAUAUGACUGGUGUGUAACUAUCGUCUAUAAAACGUAAAAAACCACAAAAUUCAUACAAAAUAGACUUCUGGAUAUUGAUAAGUACUGUAAAAUCGGAAUGUACUUAAUAAAUAUAUGAUUACUUUGUUUUGUAUUGUA